UCACUCACGUCCACUUUCGUUGUAGAAAAUAUCAACGUUAAGAGUCUCUCACAUCAGGCUACCUUUCCAAAAAAGUCGGAAGACAAACCGGUCUUAUAACACACUUUUCUCGUGGUAAGAGACAGUGAAUUUGAAUCUGGAGCAUUGCUGGUUCUGAAUCUCUCCUAGGUGUGGCCAACCGUGAGGAUUUGGAGCGUGUGCUAUGCUGCAACUUGGAUUUAUCGCCUGUUCCUGGUAAAGAUCUGAAACUCCAACUAUAGGAACUAUGGGGGGAGGCGCAGGUAGCUCUGAAUCCGAGCCCCUUGUAACUCGAGAAGUCGAGCCGGAAGGGGACGACCAGUCUCCAGUUGAGGAAGUAGCUCUUACAGUGGAUACGCGGGAUGACCCAACACUUCCGGUGGGAACGUUUCGGAUGUGGUUCCUGGGACUUCUGUCGUGUAUUCUGCUAUCGUUCCUCAAUCAGUUCUUCUCCUACCGAACAGAACCAUUCAUCAUCGGCUUGAUAUCCGUGCAAAUAGUCGCAUUGCCGUUCGGGAGGUUCAUGGCCAACGUUCUUCCCGAGAGAAGCUUUCGAGUUCCAUUUACCAGUUCCAGCUUCAGUUUAAAUCCGGGCCCUUUCAACGUCAAGGAGCACGUCUUGAUCACCAUAUUCGCGAACGCGGGAAGUGGUUUCGGGAACGGAGGUGCCUAUGCAAUGGGAAUUGUCAACAUAACCAGAGCUUUCUACAAACGAAGCAUGGGCUUUACUGCGGGACUUCUUCUCGUGAUGACAACACAGGUUUUGGGAUAUGGUUGGGCUGGACUCAUGAAGAAGCACCUAGUGGAGCCCGCUCAUAUGUGGUGGCCUGGAAACUUGGUUCAAGUUUCUCUCUUCAGGACUUUGCACGAAGAAGAUCAGCAGCAAAAAAAGGGCUUUUCUCGGAGCCAGUUCUUUGCCAUCGUCAUGACGUUGAGCUUUUGCUACUACGUACUCCCAGGGUACAUGUUUAUGAUGCUAACUUCCAUGUCUUGGGUUUGCUGGAUUUUUCCAAAGUCCGUGCUGGCUCAGCAACUCGGCUCGGGUUUAAAAGGUCUCGGCCUCGGCUCUUUCAGUCUAGACUGGGCGACUAUCUCAGCGUACCUCGGCAGCCCGCUGGUUACACCGUGGUUCGCGAUUUGCAACGUUAUCUUUGGCUAUCUCGUCGUCAUGUACAUUGUGACGCCGGCCUGCUACUGGAGCAACAUAUACAACGCAAAGAUCUAUCCUUUGUUCUCGAGCUAUCUCUUUACAAAAGAUGGCCAGGUUUACGACGUGACCAGCGUCGUGGACAAGAACUUUGAUCUCGACUUGGAAGCUUAUGCUCGCAAAGGCCCGGUUCACAUGAGCACCUUCUUUGCCUUUUCAUAUGGGCUCGGGUUUGCCGCUGUAGCCUCUACACUGACUCAUGUGGCUUGUUUCCAUGGAAAAUACAUUUGGGAGCGUAGCCGAGCUGCGCUAAAUGAGAAGCCAGACAUCCACACCCGACUCAUGAGGAAGUACCCAGACGUUCCUCAGUGGUGGUUUCAUACUCUUAUGGUUAUCAGCAUCGCCGCCUCAAUCGCCACUUGCGCAUACUACAAGGCAGAGCUUCAACUUCCAUGGUGGGGUGUCUUGCUCGCUUGCGUUGUGGCUUCUUCGUUCACCCUGCCAAUCGGAGUCAUUACUGCAACUACAAACAUCACCCCGGGACUCAAUAUCAUCACAGAGUACCUCAUGGGAUAUCUCCUUCCUGGCCAGCCCAUGGCAAACGUUUGCUUCAAGACGUAUGGCUACAUAAGUAUGACACAGGCCAUCUCAUUCUUGCAAGACUUCAAACUCGGCCAUUACAUGAAAGUUCCACACCGCUCCAUGUUCCACGUCCAAUUCAUUGGAACAAUCGUCGCUGCGAUCGUCAACAUGUGUUGCGCGUGGUGGCUUCUCGGCUCCAUCGAGAACAUCUGUGACAAGUCUCUACUGCCUCCAAACAGCCCCUGGACCUGUCCCAGCGAUAGAGUUUUCUUCGACGCAUCCGUCAUCUGGGGGCUCAUUGGGCCAAAGAGGAUGUUUGGCUCCCACGGCGAGUACAAGGAGCUCCAGUGGUUUUUCCUGGGUGGAGCUCUCGGCCCCGUGCUGGUCUGGCUGGCUUCCAGGACCUUCCCAAACGUGAAGUGGAUUCCUCUCAUCAAUCUCCCGGUGAUUCUCGGUGCCACGGCUUACAUGCCCCCAGCAACGUCCGUCAACUACAUCUCCUGGAGCAUCGUCGGCAUCAUCUUCAGCUACUUCAUCUUCCGGUACCACAAGGGAUGGUGGCAGCGGUACAACUACGUCUUCUCGGCGGCCAUGGACGCUGGUGUGGCUUUCAUGGGGGUGCUGCUCUACCUGUGCCUGGGGAUCGAGAACCGAAGCUUGAGCUGGUGGGGAAACAACGUCGACAAUUGUCCCCUGGCCGACUGUCCAACUGCGAAAGGCAUUGUCAUCGCAGGAUGCCCGGUCUACUGAACAAUUCUCACGCCAUCCGCUGCUCAAUCAAGAGGGAUCUUCGUCUUCCACGAUGAUGAUCUCCACCGUGCGCAUCUGGCGCUUCUUCUUCCUCUUCUUCCCUUCACUGUGAUGAUUCUUUUUCUGUAAAGCAUUGUCGACUUCUUUUCCUCUCA